AUGACAUUGGAGGUGAAAGUGGCCUUUCUCCUUCCUCUCUUUAUGAUUGUCAUGUUGUCACUUGGUUCUGACAGUCAUACUCUCUCUGAGCGCUUCAGAAGCCCUGCUAUCAGGGUUGUAUCUAAUGAAACCACAAAGAAAGCUCCAGAUGUAGCAGCAGAGGUGGGAAGAUAUGAAGAUGUGGCCAAGCGCAUCAUUGAGCUAGCUGUAUUUGGUGCGGCCCAGAAUCGCUCUUACAGACGGCUGGCUGACUUUACUGACACAAUCGGGAACCGGGUCAGUGGGUCACGGAACCUGGAAAUGGCUAUUAAAUACAUGUACACUGCCAUGAAACAGGAUGGACUGGAUGUUCAUCUAGAACCAGUAAAAAUCCCUCACUGGGUUAGAGGGAAGGAGAGUGCAGAGAUGAUUAUGCCCAGGACCAAGAGCCUGGCUAUACUGGGCCUGGGCAGCAGUGUAGGAACGCCUCCAGAAGGUGUUGAGGCUGAGGUGUUGGUGGUUCAGUCUUUUGAGGAACUGAAGCGUAGAGCCAGCGAGGCCACAGGGAGGAUUGUGGUUUUUAACCAGCCUUUUAUCAGCUACUCGGAGACAGUUGCUUAUCGUGCUUUCGGUGCUUCAGAGGCAGCUAAAGUGGGAGCUGUGGCCACACUCAUUCGAUCUGUCACCCCUUUCUCUAUUAACAGUCCUCACACAGGUUUGCAGAUCUACCAAGACGGAGUGAAGCGAAUCCCCACAGCCUGCAUCACAGUGGAGGACGCUGAGCUAAUGUGGCGUUUGGCCCAAAACAAACAGAAGAUUGUGGUCAGACUCAUAAUGGGAGCCCAGACUCUGCCAGAUGCUGACUCUUUUAACACAGUGGCUGAGAUAAGAGGCUGGCAGCACCCGGAGCAGGUUGUCCUAUUGAGCGGUCAUCUGGACAGCUGGGAUGUUGGCCAGGGCGCCAUGGAUGAUGGAGGUGGAGUCAUGAUAUCCUGGGAGGCUCUGUCCCUCAUCAAAGACCUGGGUUUGCGCCCAAGAAGAACUUUGCGAGCGGUUCUGUGGACAGGUGAGGAGCAGGGUGGUGUCGGUGCACAGCAGUACUUCAAUCUACACAAGGAGAACAUCUCCAACUUUGACCUUGUUAUGGAGUCUGACUUGGGGACCUUCACCCCGAUGGGUCUGCAGUUUUUAGGCAGUGAGGCGGCACGAAAGGUGAUGGAAGAGGUUAUCAAACUUUUGGCUCCCAUUAAUGUAACCAAACUGGAGACUGAUGCCGAGGGGACAGAUAUCUUUCUGUGGAUGCAAGCAGGAAUCCCAGGGGCCAGCCUUCAUGUGGCAGACAGUCGUUACUUUUGGUUCCACCACAGUGAGGGAGACACCAUGACAGUCCAGGACCCUCACGACAUGGACCUCUGCUCGGCAUUGUGGGCCGUGGUUGCGUACGUCGUGGCUGACCUGGAGGACAUGCUGCCCAGAAGGCCGUAAUGUCAGAUUGAUCAAAACCUGAAUCAGGUUGCACUUUUACUGAAUGAGUUUUAGUUUUGUCCUCAAAACAACACGAGUGUUUGGAUGAAUGAGAGAACAUAAAAUCUGAUGCACAAGAGUAGCAAGUAAAGUUAAAUUAAGCCCAAUAUACUUGAAAAGAUUUUCAGAAUUAGAUUUUUACUGGCAAUCCUCUUGAAUGGAAAAUGUUCAGUGCAACACCUAGUUCUCUUAUCUUCCGAUCCAGGGUGUAGCUCGACUCUGUCAAUAACCACUAGAGAAAGCCUGUCUCUAAUGGACAAUGAGGAUAAGCAGGUUUAAUUAAUGGACGGCUGCAUAGCCAUGCUUUUUUCCUGCUAAUGUAAUAUCGCAGAAAAAUUAGGCCACAAACAAUUAGCAACUUUCCAUUCAGAAACAGACUGGUCAAGCCACAAUACAAUAGAAAACAUUUAACCCAAGCAAAAUCUCUACUUUAUUAAGGCAAACAUUUUAUCACACUUUUUGAGAUCUACAAAUUAUUUUCCACAAAAUUAAGAAUAUUGUGUAAAAUUAUUGCUCAGCAGGUGAAAAUAAUUUAAGAAUAAAUUAUUUAGCAUUUUAAAGUUGGGGAAAAUAAAUUAUGCAAAAUUAUGAAAUCUGGUGUAGGCCCUAACCUAUCAAGCAUGCAUUUUUAGUGGUCUUAGUGAAUAUUUAAUUCUCAUUAAAGCAAAAUUAAAAGUUUUCAUUUGCUUAUUUAUUAAAUAGAAAUUUAGACAAUGUAUGCAACUACUGAAAACAACUUCUCAAGUAAUUCAUAGUGAUGCGUUUGUGGUAGUAUUAGGCAGGUUUGACAAUCAUGUAAAAGUUUCUACUAACUCCAAUCUACGACAUAAAAAUGAAAAGGAAAGGGACUUUUAUGAAAAGGUUAAAACUAAUGAGGGAUCUAAAUCUUAGUGCAUCUUCACACACCAGCUUCCAGGACUUGCUGAGACUCCUGAAUCGUGACACUGGGUUUACUCAUCUGGGCGAUUCCUUCAGCAUUUCCACUGGAAACGCAUGACCUCCGCUUCCACUAAGAGAACAGAAAUAUGUGUAGUUCUUGUAGUUUUUAUCACAGUGAACAUUAUAAAACAUGCAGCAAUAAUAACACAGCCUUACACUGUGUAUAUUAUUGAAUGUUUUUAUGUUUGCUUGCUUUAUGGAGCCCUGCUAGAAUUUCUUUCUUUUUUUUUUACAUAACUAUGAAGUAAUGCUGUAAUGCACUUUACAUGUAAAGUGCUGAAAAAUUACAUUUUAAAUCAAAGGUAUGCACCUAAAGUAAAUUUAGCUUUGUAAUUUUUUUUUUUUUAUUAAAAUACUGGAAAA